AUGACGUCAGCUCCCAGGUCGCCGAGCAGUGAAACAAACAUGGCGACAGAAUGGAGCGGGCAGCAGGGUUACAUUCUCACUGUCAUUAUCUGCCUGUGGAGCGCGGUAGGCGGCCGGACAGAGACCGCUGCGGCGGCGGCGGCGGCGGCGCGGUCCGGUGUCAGCGGCGGCAGGGCCAGCGGCGGGAGCCAGGUGCUCGGCAUGCGGCUGGAGAGAAGCGACAAACCCUCCAGCACCAAUGACGACGGUGUCAUCCAGGUGACUGAGGAGAGCUCCGUGCAGCUCCGGUUUUACGGGGUGCAGCUCCACUCGGGCGCCUGGACGCAGAUUCGCUUCAUGGAGCUCACGGACGGCGGCGGCGGCGGCGGAGACGAAGAGGAGGAUGAAGAGGAGGCGGUGGCGGCGGCGCGGGGCGGCAGCGGCAUGAUGGACGCGCCGGACAGGACUUGUGCUGAUUUCACGAAGGACAUCAGCGUCGGGACCUUCAUGAACGUCAGCAGUCGGGGCACGUCGGGGCUGCUCACCGUGCACAUUAAGCCGCUCCGCAAGAGCGAGCCGCAGAAGGAGUAUGCCCUGUGCACGCCGAGCUCGGACGGGAGCAGGUGGGUGCUGCUGGGGGACAGUGAUGGCAGGAUGCUGGUGCUGGAGGAGAAGAAGUCCCUGCUGCCCAUGUGGCUGCAGGUCAUCCUCAUCUCCUGCCUGCUGGUGCUCUCUGGGAUGUUCAGCGGGUUGAACCUGGGGCUGAUGGCCCUGGACCCCAUGGAGCUGCGCAUUGUGCAGAGCUGUGGCACCGAGAAGGAGAAGAAAUACGCCCGGAAAAUUGAACCCAUCCGCAGCAAAGGGAACUAUCUUCUCUGUUCGCUGCUUCUGGGUAACGUCUUGGUGAACACCACCCUCACCAUCCUCCUCGACGACCUCAUCGGAUCAGGUCUGGGAGCUGUGGUUGCCUCCACCAUUGGGAUUGUCAUCUUUGGUGAGAUCGUUCCCCAGGCGUUGUGCUCCCGCCACGGGCUGGCCGUGGGCGCCAACACCAUCCUGUUAACCAAGUUCUUCAUGCUGCUCACCUUCCCGCUGUCCUUCCCCGUCAGCAAGCUGCUGGACGUCCUGCUGGGCCAGGAGAUCGGCACCGUGUACAACAGGGAGAAGCUGGUGGAGAUGCUGAAGGUGACGGAGCCCUACAACGACCUGGUGAAGGAGGAGCUGAACAUGAUCCAGGGAGCUCUGGAGCUCAGGACCAAAACCGUAGAGGAUGUGAUGACGCCCUUGGCAAACUGCUUUAUGAUCCAGGCGGACGCUGUGCUGGAUUUCAACACCAUGUCAGAGAUCAUGGAGAGCGGAUACACUCGUAUACCUGUGUACGACGACGAGAGGUCCAACAUCGUGGACAUCCUGUACGUGAAGGACCUGGCGUUUGUGGAUCCGGACGACUGCACCACCCUGAAGACCAUCACCAAGUUCUACAACCACCCUGUGCACUUUGUGUUCCACGACACAAAGCUGGACGCCAUGCUGGAGGAGUUCAAGAAAGGUAAAUCCCACCUGGCCAUCGUCCAGAAGGUCAACAACGAGGGGGAGGGAGAUCCUUUCUACGAGGUGCUGGGAUUGGUCACCUUGGAGGACGUCAUCGAGGAGAUCAUCAAGUCCGAGAUCCUGGAUGAGUCUGACCUUUACACUGAUAACAGAAACAAGAAAAAGGUUGAUCCCAACAAAAACAAACGUGACUUCUCCGCCUUCAAGCACGACAGUGACAGUAAGGUGAAGAUCUCGCCUCAGCUCAUGUUGGCGGCUCAUCGUUUCCUGGCCACAGAGGUGAGUCUGUUCAGCCCGUUCCAGAUCACAGAGAAAGUCCUGCUGAGGAUCCUCAGACACCCGGACGUCAUCCAGGAACUCAAGUUCAACGAAAGCGACAAACGCUCGCCGCAGCACUUCCUGUACCAGAGGGGGAAACCUGUCGACUACUUCGUGCUCAUUCUGCAGGGUCGAGUGGAGGUGGAAGCUGGAAAUGAAAACAUGAAGUUUGAAACCGGCCCGUUCUCCUAUUAUGGAGUCAUGGCUCUAAGUACACCGUCCCUGGCCGUCACCCCCCCUCUCUCCCCAUCAGUGCCGUCCCCCCCUCCACGACGCCUCUCUCUUAAGAGGUUUUCUCUGUUCUCUCGUUUCCCAGAGUUCCGUUCUCCAUCACACGGGGGGAACCUGAACCGCUCAGCGUCUCUGAGCUGCACUGAGCGCGGCCCAGAAAGCGGCUCAGUCGGCGGCAGCCACACUCAGAUCCCGGGCACCCCCUUCCAGUACAUACCGGACUUCUGCGUCCGAGCUCUCACAGACCUGCAGUUUGUCAAGGUCACUCGUGCUCAGUACCAGAACGGUCUCCUGGCGUCCAGGCUCGACAGCACGCCGCAGUCUCCGGAGGGGAGUCACACUCGUCUGGACACGUCUGCCUCUUUGCCCCCCGUGACGCCACCGGGGACGCGCACUCCGCUGCCGCUGGCCACGCCUCCCGCCAAGCGCCCGCCGUCCAACACUCAGCCGACGCCGCCGAGCAGCCGCACCUCCCUGCCCCAGACCACUUCCUCCUCCUCCUCGAGCCGCAGGCCGAGCCAGUCUCUACCACAAGCUACUCCACCGCCGAGCAACCACACCUCCCUCUCCCAGGCCGCGCCGUCCUCCGUGAGUGCGGCACCGUGCAGCCUGAACCCCCUCCCAACUCUGUCCUCCAAGUCCCAGCAGUCCCCGCCCUCUGCUGGCCCCGAGAACGGGCCGGGAGAGACCACCACUCUGCUCAGUGAGCAGCAGAACUGCGUGGGCCCCCGCAGGCCCAGCCACACCCAGGCGCACCCCCACUCACACGUCCACACCAUCAGUCACGCACACACAGAGAGCACCAUCUAACCCGAGGCCCUGUGGGGAAACUUCA